UAGAACAAAUUGCUAAUGAGUUAUGCAAAUGACAUUCAAUAUGAGUCACCUUGACAUCAACGCUCAUUAAUAAAUGGUCAACUUGAUCCACUUCAGUUUGCUUAUCAAGCUGGUGAAGGUGUGGACGACGCCAAGGUUUUCAUUUUCGACACUGUGUACAAACGCCUGGAAAAACCUAAAUCCCAUGCCAGACUUUUAUUCGCUGACUUUUCCUCAGCUUUUAAUAAAAUGCAGCCUCAUAUUUUAAUUGAGACACUAUCCUCUCACUUUAAACUUCCUGGUCAGAUUUUAAUGUUGCUUUUAAACUUUUUAACAGACAGAGUUCAGCAGGUUUUCGUGAAUGGUCAAAUGUCGAAAAUAAUUAUGUCAAACACUGGUUCCCCUCAGGGCUGUGUCCUUUCCCCCCUGCUUUUUAUCAUGUACACAGAUAGCGGCAGAACAUCACAAGAGAACAGUUAUCUGGUAAAGUUCUCAGAUGACACUGUUCUGCUGUACCUCCUUCAGGGCUCAGAAUCAGGCCAUGGCGGUGCUCUACCAACUUUUGUUAAGUGGUGCGAUGGCAACUUCCUGGAUCUUAAUGUCCUGAAAACCAAGGAUUUGGUCAUAGAUUUUAGGAAGAACUGUUGUCACCCUGAAUCUAGCAUUAUCCACAGUGGAGGGGUUAAGUUGGGGUUAAGUGUCUUCACCAAUGGACACGUCCACAUAUGUCUGCAGGAGCUGGGGAUUGAACCUCCAUCCUUCCUGUUGAGAGAUACCCAACUCUACCACAGUAUAGUCCGUAGUGUGGGCUUGCUCUCAACAAAUAUCACACAGAAACCAGAUAACAGGAAGUAAAGUCGACCAGAAGACAUUUACUGCAGCGUUUACAGCAGACCAUCAGUUGUUUGACAGAGCUGAGAAUCUGGUUCUAGACAUUUUUUCACCAUGACACCAAAGUCCUGCUUCACCAUCCUUCAUGUGUCCAUCUUGGCUGCGACACUUCUCACUUUGGAAGUUUCCUGUACAGAUGAGUGUCAUGUUCAAAUUAAAGUACGCCGAUACACAAAAUAUAAAGCUCACCUUGGAGAAGAACUAAAGAUUGACUGUCCAGUUACGUUCUGCGAUGAUACACCACCUGAAAUCUCCUGGUUUAAACUCAACUUAACUGGUGAUCCUAUAAACAUUAGCAGGGGAAGUCGCUUCAAAUCAGAGUGGAAACCUUUGAAGCAUUUAGAGGGAGUUUUAGUUUUGAUCAUUCAAAACUUUGUCAGAAACGACUCGGGUAUAUAUUGGUGUGGAAGCAGUUCCAGUCUUGGACAUAAAAUCAGUGUUUCUGUCAAUGAUAGUGUUGAACUCAUCACCGACCAAUCGACAACUUCAGAGCCACGGAGACCAGAAACUGAGGACGCUUUCUGGCCUUUUGUGUGUCGUGUUAUUGGACUCUUGGUGUUUGUCGCCAUAGUGAUUGCUAUGUUUGUCACCUCACACUGUUUGCGUAAAGGUGUCUGAUGUGGAGGAGGAUCCAAAGACACACCAGCAGAUCCAAACAGCCAGCCUUCCCAUCAGGCUUUGCCUAUGGAUCAUAUCUAUGAUAGUGUUCAGUAGUCCUCAUGUCAGAGGUACAAAGUUAAACGUUACAAUGCUGGGUUAAGAAUAUACAACAGCAUUUAUUAUUGAUUGUUUUUUGUGACUCGUGGAAGUCAAUUUGUGCUUGUGAAUUUCUGCAAAUGAACCUGUAGUGAUACAAGAAGUGACAUUUCUAUUGCUUUCAAACCGCUGUAUAUGAGAUCGAACCUGUGUGUGUGUGUGUGUGUGUGUGUGUGUGUGUGUGUGUGUGUGUGUGUGUGUUUUGCUUCCUCUGUAGGUGUGACAAACUUUGUGCACAAAUCCCCUGCAAAUAUCACUGUGAAAUGUCAGUAAAUCUAUAGUGCUGUGAGUUUUUCUACCUUUGGUCUCUAUUCUCACUUCUGAUGUUUAUUUAAAAUAUAUAUUAUUUUGGUUAUCUGUAUCACAUUGUGGAGCAGACGCACUGAUGCCAGGAAACAAAAUGUAACCACAGGUCACAUAUUGAGAGACAAAAGACAAGAGGAUGUGUCGUAACAUGAAAAAAUACGCAGCCCUCAACUUAUCACCCAUCUGUUCUAGGGAUCUUAUUUCACUCUAAAAUAUAAAUUAUAAAUGUGAUUUUACCACUUGACAUACAGCCCAAUAUUAAAGAUUCACUGAAGAAAUCUAGUUUCUUAAACUGACAAAUGAAAACAACAGCCAACCUGUCAGUCAAAGCAGCCUCGCCAAAUUAUAAUAUAAUUACUAGCCUUCAAAAAAGAUUUUUCAUAAAUUCUUAAAAUUCAUAAAAAUUCACCCUGUAAAGUUUGUGCAAAUAAAUAAAUGAGCUGUCAGAACCAAACCUGUUUUGUAGCAGCUUUAAAUGUGUUUAUUUCUGCUGUAAUAACAGUUUUAACAUGUGAUCUAAUGGGGUUUCCUCGGCUUUAGUGGACACUUGAGGAAAUGCAGUUUUUUGGGCCUACAGAUUGACUUCAUUUUUUUAACACCAAAAGGUUUCAACUAAUUUAAUGUUAGCUUAAGUGCUUUAUGUUAAUUUCUAUUCAGUAUGUCAUGGUUGGAAACGACUGAAUUUGAUGAAUAUCUCCUUUCAGAUUGCGUCUUUAUGUCGGAAACAUCCACAUGUGCACAUCAGAUUGUGUCUUGGCUUAUUACUCUUUACAUGCAAAUAAAAAUACACACGUUCCAAAUCGG